UAACAGAUACUUUGUCAUGAGCCGGCAAGAGCUGGUCAUCAUAAUUACAGAAUCGGCAUUAAUGCAUUGAAACAGUUAUAGAAAGAAUCAGCAGAAGCGACGGUCAACGGUGGUCAUAAUGGCUCCACAACGAUUAAAUUUACACCAAAACUAACUCGAAAUCAUCAAACAAUGAGCCAUCAAUAAGUACAGGCUAACAGUUUUAGUUUUGCUGAACCAAAAUAUAUGGAAAAUCCGAAAAAAUGCUUGACAAAUUCAGGGGUAUCAAACCAACCCACCUAUGGCAUCAUACUAGUUUAAAAGCCUUUAGAGCUGCCAUCAAGGACCGCUACGAUGCCGUCAAGAAUCUGGAUGAAUUGUUUAACAAGCCUAAGCAAACUCUAGCAUUUGCAGGAUUUGUCUGGACAUCGAUGCUGGCAAUCUUCUACUCCCUGGGAGCGAUCACUCCUGAAGAAACUUUAAAAGAUUUAUUACCUUACGAAUGUAAACCAUCGCUUCCACAGGAUAUGGACGUUUGCACUAAGGAAGAAAAGAAAGUCAAAACACCUGCGUGCCCCCCUUCCGCCAAGAAAAAACCUUGCUGAUUUUAAUAUUUCUAAACUCUACUACAAAAGACUAAUAAUCUAAAUUCUUUAUUUUAACGCAAACAAUGUUUUUGCCGGCUCAUGCUUUUUUGAUAAAGUUUGUCUUAUUUUAUUCACUUUUCUAAAUGUCCAGUAUAUAGUUGAAAAUUGUAAUAUAGUUUGAUAAUUAAUGAAACGAUAAA